AUGAAUUCAACGCCCCAGCCAGAUAUUUCUCAGGGUGUGGUCAUCCACGAUCAAACAAAUAAUACAUUGCGUCAUCCAGUUGUACAUUAUGUAUUUGAAGGAGAAGACUUUCCUAAUGUCCCCAAAGAACAACUUAUCCUCAUCGACAUCGACCCAGCUACAACUACGCUCAACAGUAUCGAUAGUUAUAGCCCUCAUUUCCAAGUUACUGACUGUCAAUUGGAGCAGAGCAUUCCAAAAGAUACUUUUGAAGAAGCUUUUAGUACAAUUAGUUUGACCAUUGAAGGCGUCUCUGCUCCUAGAUUAGAAGAUGCAGAACCUAUUCGCUCUCUAGAUCAUCUCAAGGAAUCUUUGCUUGAAUUCAAAACGCGAAACGAACUCGCUAACCUUGUAUUCUCUCCCUUUAUAUCCGAGCAAAUAUAA